GGGCCCCUUCAAUGGAAAACCGUUGAGCCUUCCGCUUGACAUCUCAUAUGACGAAUGGAACAUUGGGGUAAAGCGCUACUGUGUUGUUGAACAUGAAAAUUUCCAGGAACCACUCAAGAAACUCUAUGAAAGGAAUAUCGAUCCAGAGAUCCUGAUGGAAUCAAACAGUGCCAUGGAGGUAGAAGAAGAUAACAUGGGAGGCACAGCCCUCACCUUCAUCCUUCUCUUCCUCAUCACUCUGCUGUUCACCAUUGGAACCACAGUUUUCAAGGUUAAAUGAAACAAGACAAACUUUCUUUUAAAAAAAAGAAUUUCUCUUACAUUUUAUCUUAUAUACUCAUAUUACCAUACUUCCAGCCUGAUCUCCACCUGACUUUAAGACAGCAGACACUGUAAAAGUACAACUCUGCCAUCUAGCCUAAAUACUAAGAUAUUACACUUAGAACUGAGAUUAUACAGUUGAGGCAGAAGGAACGCCGGUCAUCUCUCCACACAUCACAUUGUACCCUGUCUGGGAAGGUGAAUUCGGGGCCUCACCAGUCAGACUCAUCUGCACCCUUAGUGGCUUCUCUCCAGAGGAAUUGAAUGUGGAGUGGCAACAGGAAAACAAAUCUCUACAUACUGUACCAAUUCAAAGAAAGCUGCAGAGUGUGGACGGAGACAAUAAAACCUUCAGUCUAAUCAGUGAGAUUCAGCCAAAUAUGACAGAGUGGAAAAGAGGCUUGAGUUUUACAUGCAAGGCCAUUCAUGACAAAAAAGAAUUUGAUAAAACGACAAGUAUUUGUCAAAUCCAUGCAAACAUGCCUCCUUCAGUUCACGUGGAGAUUCCCAGCUUCCAGACUGUAAUGACAGCAGAAUCUGAUGUGAUUGCAACAUGUUCUGUCCUCACUGGUUUUGAUGUCAAAAUGACUUGGCUGAUGGAUGGACUGAAUCGCACAGGGAAAGACGAUGCAAACACAACUCAUAAAAUCAGUCAUGUGACAGUUCCCUUAAGAGACUGGAAACAACUCAAGAUGAUAACAUGUAAAGCUGACCAUAAGUGUUUCUCAUCCAACGGGACAGUAAAUGUCGCAGGGGCUGCAGUUACGGUUCCGUCAGUGGAAAUCAAGAGAUCUUUCCCAGAUUUGCUGAAGGGGGAACUUGUGCUCGAGUGUCACAUCACACAACUCUCCUCAAGUGACCUCUACGUCACCUUUCAGGCCAACAAUGUUGACAUCUCUGACAGAGAGUAUGUUGAUCUUCCUGAAGCCGUGGGCCUUCAUUCAAUCACUAGACGCUUCACUGUCCCUAAAAGUCACUUCAAAAAAGGCACGAAUUUCACCUGCAAAGUCAAUCAAGGCUUCUCCAGCAGCUUCGAGUCAAACACAACAGGCGAUAUUUUUGGGGACCCAUCUAUGGAACUUCUUUUGGUCCCCAGUGAAGAGUCAGGACCACAGAGACUCUUGUGCUCUGGAUGGGGCUUCAAUCCUCAAAUUAAAUGGCUUUCUGACUCUCAUCAAGGACCUUAUUCAAACCAUGAGUUCACCAUGAGUGCAGAUGGACGUGUGGCAGUGACCAGUGAACUUAAUAUCACUCAAAAAGAGUGGAAAACAGGGAAGGUCUUUACUUGUGAACUGUCUGACAGCUCUCUGAAUGAAACUGUCAGCAAGAACAUCAGCCUGUGUUCAGUUUAUUCUAGCGCUGCUCCUUCAGUUCAUGUGGAGAUUCCCAGCUUCCAGACUGUAAUGACAGCAGAAUCUGAUGUGAUUGCAACAUGUUCUGUCCUCACUGGUUUUGAUGUCAAAAUGACUUGGCUGAUGGAUGGACUGAAUCGCACAGGGAAAGACGAUGCAAACACAACUCAUAAAAUCAGUCAUGUGACAGUUCCCUUAAGAGACUGGAAACAACUCAAGAUGAUAACAUGUAAAGCUGACCAUAAGUGUUUCUCAUCCAACGGGACAGUAAAUGUCGCAGGGGCUGCAGUUACGGUUCCGUCAGUGGAAAUCAAGAGAUCUUUCCCAGAUUUGCUGAAGGGGGAACUUGUGCUCGAGUGUCACAUCACACAACUCUCCUCAAGUGACCUCUACGUCACCUUUCAGGCCAACAAUGUUGACAUCUCUGACAGAGAGUAUGUUGAUCUUCCUGAAGCCGUGGGCCUUCAUUCAAUCACUAGACGCUUCACUGUCCCUAAAAGUCACUGCAAAAAAGGCACGAAUUUCACCUGCAAAGUCAAUCAAGGCUUCUCCAGCAGCUUCGAGUCAAACACAACAGGCAAUAUUUUUGGGGACCCAUCUAUGGAACUUCUUUUGGUCCCCAGUGAAGAGUCAGGACCACAGAGACUCUUGUGCUCUGGAUGGGGCUUCAAUCCUCAAAUUAAAUGGCUUUCUGACUCUCAUCAAGGACCUUAUUCAAACCAUGAGUUCACCAUGAGUGCAGAUGGACGUGUGGCAGUGACCAGUGAACUUAAUAUCACUCAAAAAGAGUGGAAAACAGGGAAGGUCUUUACUUGUGAACUGUCUGACAGCUCUCUGAAUGAAACUGUCAGCAAGAACAUCAGCCUGUGUUCAGUUUAUUCUAGCGCUGCUCCUUCAGUUCAUGUGGAGAUUCCCAGCUUCCAGACUGUAAUGACAGCAGAAUCUGAUGUGAUUGCAACAUGUUCUGUCCUCACUGGUUUUGAUGUCAAAAUGACUUGGCUGAUGGAUGGACUGAAUCGCACAGGGAAAGACGAUGCAAACACAACUCAUAAAAUCAGUCAUGUGACAGUUCCCUUAAGAGACUGGAAACAACUCAAGAUGAUAACAUGUAAAGCUGACCAUAAGUGUUUCUCAUCCAACGGGACAGUAAAUGUCGCAGGGGCUGCAGUUACGGUUCCGUCAGUGGAAAUCAAGAGAUCUUUCCCAGAUUUGCUGAAGGGGGAACUUGUGCUCGAGUGUCACAUCACACAACUCUCCUCAAGUGACCUCUACGUCACCUUUCAGGCCAACAAUGUUGACAUCUCUGACAGAGAGUAUGUUGAUCUUCCUGAAGCCGUGGGCCUUCAUUCAAUCACUAGACGCUUCACUGUCCCUAAAAGUCACUUCAAAAAAGGCACGAAUUUCACCUGCAAAGUCAAUCAAGGCUUCUCCAGCAGCUUCGAGUCAAACACAACAGGCGAUAUUUUUGGGGACCCAUCUAUGGAACUUCUUUUGGUCCCCAGUGAAGAGUCAGGACCACAGAGACUCUUGUGCUCUGGAUGGGGCUUCAAUCCUCAAAUUAAAUGGUUUUCUGACUCUCAUGAAAAACAUUGUUCAAACAUUGACGUCACCAUGAGUGCAGAUGGACGUGUGGCAGUGACCAGUAAACUUCCAAUCCCUCAAAAAGAGUGGAAAACCGGGAAGGUCUUCACUUGUGAAGUGUCUGACAGCUCUCUGUAUGAAACUGUCAGCAAGAACAUCAGCCUGUGUUCAGUAACUCCAGCAUCAUCUCAGGUAGUUGGUGUAUAUGUUCAGGGACCACCACUCCAGGAGAUUCAGAACAGUGGACAGGUGACUAUCACCUGUCUUCUGGUCGGCCCUCAUCUUAAUGAUUUCUCCAUCACCUGUAAAGUAGAUGGGGACAUACAGCUCCAAAAUUUCUAUAUUGAGCCAUUAGUGAGUCACAGUAACGGCACAGAGACUUUGCAGAGCUUCUUCAAUAUGUCAGCAGAGGACUGGCACGCAUAUAAAAAGGUGUCUUGUGAAGCAAAGCACCGGUGCUCCAUCCAGAGCUAUAAACACCAUAUAAGCAAAAGCAGAGAUCAACCAACAGUGAAGAUAAUGCAACCAACUCCCUCUGAGCUCUCUACGUCAGACGUCCUCACACUAAUUUGCCUAGUUUCUGGAUAUUCUCCAUCCAACAUCAUAGUGUACUGGGAAGAGAAUGACCAGAGACUGCCACCAACUCGCUACACCAACAGUGCUGCAUGGAAAUACCCAGGGAGCAGCACUUAUUCAAUGAGCAGCAGACUAAACGUAUCCAAAACUGAAGACAAGAAUUCUACAUAUUCUUGUGCUGUGAGACAUGAGUCAUCUGAAAGGCCUUUUGAAAGCUAUAUAAAUAAUGUGUUUGCCACAGUGACCCACAGCACACCUUCAGCCACCUUGCUCCAGGGCACAAAUGAACUUGUAUGCCUGGUCUUUGGCUUCAGCCCUGCAACCAUUAAUAUCACUUGGUAUGAUGGACCAAAGGAAUUGUUGGACUACAACACUAGUGAGCCCCACAGAGGCCAGAAUGGAAAGUUCAGUAUCCAAAGCCACCUUCGUCUGUCCCAGGGCAACUGGUUACAAGGGAAAGUAAUUACCUGCAGGGUGAUGCAUGUAAACACCACCCUAUCCCUGAAUAUAUCUAAACCAGGCACAUUGGAGCACUGUGACUUCUUUGAUGACAUCAUGGAUGCAGAUGUGAACGAAGACAUGGGUGUCGAAAGCUGGUAUAUAGCUUUCACUUUCCUCCUCUUUUUCCUCAUCUCUUUCAUCUAUGGUGUCUUGACUACCAUAAUCAAGACUUAAUGAUGAUGAUCACAGGACAAAUCCUAUUUCAUGAUUCAUAUGAAUACUUUUGAUGACAUAUGGUCUGAUUAGUUUUAGAUUCCUUUUUUUUUUUCAAAAUUUCUUUUUCAUUUUCUUUUCUUUUUUUAUACUUUUGUUAUCAUGGAAUUUUAUGGAGGUGGUUUAUUCUAUGUUCAUUUCUUUUGAUGCUUCAGUGUAUUUGCUGUGGAAUGUUGUAACGCAAAUGUGUGAGAGGAAAAAAGACGAAAUAAAUGAAGCUUCAAAUUCUGA